CUUGGGUACGUUGUGGCAUUGUAAAGCAAGAGCUGCAUCCGGUUGGUACUAUCAUUGAAUUCGGAUAGUUGCCGAAUGCAAUAGUACCAACCCUGUGUCCAUAAAGUGGUGCUGCCAGCCUUCAUCAAACGCACAACAAGUUGCCAUAGAUCGCACUCGCUGUCAUGCGCGAGCAGUACGGACUUGAGACGAUUGCCCGCAAUGGAGCUUCAAGCGCUUCAAUUGACUGGCAGCGUCGGUUUGCAGAGUCCGUGUCGCGUGUCGGGAUUGCGCAUGAGCAGCAGCUUGCUGCAAGAUCCACGAUCAGCGCGAAGACGUCCAGCCUACGUAGCUCACGAGAAUGCGAUGGCUGGAUGCAUAAUGGAAUCACCAAACGACAUCGCAUUUCUUGACAACCGUGUUCGCCAAGCAGAAAUUUGCAGGCACGCUAGCGUCUUGAAGCUGUCCCAGCUAGCUUUGCUAGGAUUGCUGCCGCGUUCUCGACCGCAGGAGAAAACACGGCGGUGUGAAACUUAUAUCAUCUUGCACCAGCGCGAUCCGAAACGGUGCAUGCCCCUUCGCACUGCGACGGGCGCUACGAAUCCCUACGCUGGUCGCCAUUGGAACGUCCUCACCGCCGACUCCAUGGCAUAGUGCAAUUCGCUGCACGACUGUAGCCUAACGUGGUCGCCUCUCGUGUGUCGCUGCUUUUACUAUCGAGCGUGGUAUGCUCAGGGUAGCGCCUACGUACUGCUACUAUGUUUCAACGGGCUCAUAUCGCGUCAAGGCAUCGUUUUGAGCUCCUCUUGUGUGACUAAAUCCUUUGAGUCCAGGAGACGAAGCUAGACAUGCUGGCAUGGAGCCUGUAAGACAUGCCACUUCAAUCAUGUACACCACACCUUGUUUUUACAAACGUAAUUACCCUUUCACGAGCCAAUCAGAGCGUGCGAU